UUUAUUUAUUUUCUACAUAUUUAUUCAUCGGAUGAGCGAGGCAUAUUUUGUUUCUAGAAAUGAGCAAAAAAUAUUUAAAAGGCAUUUGACAUAAUCUGUUACGUUAGCUAAUUUUGAAAAUAUUGAUUAUGUGCUAGAAAGUCGGUGUUGGUACAACGGGAAAGUAGACUCGUUUACUAGUGGACAUAAUUUCUUGUUAUUUCUUUGACAUAGUAAAAACAGUUUUUAAGCUAACAAUGUUGAACAGGUGAAAAUAAAUAGCUCAUCUGAAUCGAGUUCCUAACAAACAUGUUUUCAGAUUAAUCGAAAUUUUACAUUCGUAUUCGCUUUAGCGAUAUUUAAAAAAAAAAAAAAAAAAAAAAAAACCUCUGCACUGGCACAUUUUACGUAAAAUAUUGUUCAAAGAAAAGGAGGUAGCAGGAAAUAACAACAGACGGACAUUUAUUUACAUUUCCAACUAUGAAGCGUGUCUGCAGUUUUCUAUUCAUUAGUUUAAUUCAAAAUUCAUCUUAAAGAAAUCUCAUAUACUACUCAUAUGAUUAGAGAAUGAUGUUGCAAUUCUAAAAAUGCGAAUUCAAAUCCGCGCUAUUUGAAUAAGGAAGUUUCAAGAUGCUCCCCGCUAGUUUUUUACGUCUUUCACCCUGCCUGGCUCUUCAAUGAAAAAUUUCACUCUCCAUUCUAUCCUCUCCGUCAAGUUGACAACCGAGAUCCAAAUGCGCAUGCGUCUCCCACGAAGCACGCUUCUCUUUUUAGCUGUUGUUUGGCCAGUCAAAAAAAAUAAAUAAAUAAAAGAGGGAAAAAAUUCUGUAGCCAGCGUGAAACGAAGACUGAUUAAAAUACCUUGGAAGAUCUACACCGUUAGGUCGGUGUUAGAAUAUUAGAUCACUGCUCUAAGUCCUUGGACGCUGCCUUCUUAAAAAUUUUUGUUAAGUGCCUUUAACUUUGGAAACACUUUAACCAUGCUAAUGAAAACAUCGGAUGAGGUGAAGUGAGGGGAGCAGCAGGACAUGGAAUGUCAGGAGCAUGGAUAAUGAGCAGCCGCAUCAAGAGCACGUCAAAUGCGUGGUGGUGGGGGACACGGCGGUCGGCAAGACGCGCCUCAUCUGUGCUCGGGCCUGCAACGCUAGACUCACUCUCAGUCAACUGCUCACCACGCACAUACCAACCGUCUGGGCUAUCGACCAGUAUCGCAUCUACAAGGAGGUUCUUGAACGCUCCUGUGAAGUUGUUGAUGGUGUCAAUGUAUCUCUAAGGCUAUGGGAUACAUUUGGAGAUCAUGACAAGGAUAGGAGGUUUGCAUAUGGAAGGUCAGAUGUGGUGCUUCUUUGUUUCUCCAUCGCUAAUCCUAUGUCUUUGAGAAAUUGCAAAGUUAUAUGGUAUCCUGAAAUUCGCCGAUUUUGCCCAAGCACUCCCAUCGUUUUGGUUGGCUGCAAAAAUGACUUGCGAUACAUGUACAGAGAUGAACAGUUUCUUAGUCUCUGCAGAGAUCGGAGUCCAUUUUUCAGGCCUCUUAGAGAAAGUGAUAUACUAACACCAGAGCAAGGGAGAUCUGUGGCAAAAGAAAUUGGAGCUCCAUAUUAUGAAACUAGUGUGCUAACUCACUUUGGUGUGAACGAAGUUUUUGAAAAUGUCAUUCGUGCGGCACUAUUGGCCAGGAGGCAGCAAAGAUUUUGGAUGACUAAUUUGAAGCAUGUUCAACGUCCUUUAUUACAGGUUCCAUUUUGUCCGCCUGAGCCCCGACCCCCAGAAGUGAUUGUACCACCUCCUCAGUUUGAAGAUGAUAUGCUGUCUUUACUCCAUAGCCAGACUUAUACAGAUGUCAUCUUCCUUACUGGAAAAGUGGGUUUUGCUGCCCAUAAAUCUGUUUUGUCUGCUGUAUGCAACUCUCUUUACAAGUUGUUCACUAUAGAUUUAUCGUCAGAGUCUACUCUUGGAGGUCGAAGUGCAAGUGAUUCCAGUGUGGUUAGCUCUUCAGAUAGUUCUGUGGGGAAUUUCAACAUGGACACUGAGCAAUUAAUCACUGACAGCCCACAUUCUGUCAUCACCUGUGCCUCUUUCUGUUUAUCUCGAAGCCAUCACAAUGCCAAUCAAAAUAAUGCUGUUGAAACCCACCACCAUGGUGCUGUUCGUAGGCGCUCAAGCUGUCAGAUUCACCCUGAAUCAUCUCAUGGAUCAACUAACAUCACGACGGGUAUUCGGAGAAUCCUGGAUCAUCGAGCAUAUCAGUGCAUAAGCAUCGAGCGUUGUGAGGGUCUUGACCACAGAGGAAGAGUGACUUCAUCUAUACAGACAAUAGUCACUUUAACCAAAGUGAUAACUCCAGGUGCCAUGCAGAGUUGCCUCAGAUUUCUUUACACUGGAGAUGUGGACCAGAAGAUGUGUAUUAAUAUGACUGAGCUGUUAGAGGCAGCAGAACUUAUGGACAUACCAGAAUUACAGACUUUUGACCAGGAGUUGUGCUCUCCUGUGCAGUUAUUGAUUGGCAGUGGACAGAAUAUGCAGAAGGAAUUCACAGAACUGCAUCAGAAGUUUUCACAGAAAGUCAGAAAUCGCAUGAGAGAGGUCUGUUUACACCAGGGGCUGUUUUCAGAUGUAUAUUUCCAACUUGAAGAUGGCCUUUGUUGUGCACACAAACCUAUAUUAAUGGCCCGCUGUGAUGUGAUGGCUGCCAUGUUUCGAGGAGAUUUUCGUGAAAGUUCCGCGAAAAUUGUACAUUUUCCUGGUGUGACAAAGUGCUGCUUCCAGCAACUCUUAGUUUACUUAUAUACAGAUGAAAUUGAUGAUACUGUGAAUGCCACUAAUUGUUUGGAGCUUUUGGAGCUUGCAAACCGUCUUUGUUUGCCCAGAUUGGUUGGUCUAGUUGAGAAACAAGUCAUUCAUGAAUUAAUUACACUUUCUGAAGAAGGAGAUGCCACAGAGCAUUCACUGCGUUUGUUGGAACCUUGCCAGAUGCAUAAUGCAGACCAAUUGGCAGACUGGUGUCUUUAUCACAUAGCCGUUAAUUACAAUGAUAUUUGUCGGAAAACUCCGAAAUUGCUUCGAAAUCUCCAUCCUGAAAAUCAGGCCUAUUUGAAUAGAAAUCGCUGGCCUCCUGUGUG